UAUAAAAUAGCUUCGUUAUUAUUGAAUGUAACAUUGUAAUACUUUAUCUAACGUUAAAGCGUGUUAUUUUGUGUAAGUAAAGCGCAUCCGUACAUGAGUAACAGAAAAGAUGCGCCUUGUUUCGCUCAUUAUAUUGUCAGUCAGUUUAUACACCAAUUCAGUCACUGGCAAAAACAGGGCAGUGUGCUGAACUAGGGAGCUGACUGAGAUGCACCCAAAGACUUAGUUUGCAUUAUUUAUUUAUGCUAAUUAUUCUCAUCUUAAACACACAGAGAUCCAUGUGACACACUAUUAUGAAGAUGGCGUUUAUUAAAGAGGAGAGUGAAGACUUGAGGAUUGAAGAAGUAUUCAGUCUGAAACGUGAAGAUACUGACGAAGAUAUAGACCUGAUGGCGCUGAUAGAGGAGAGUAAAGAUCGGUCUAAGAAUCAUGAUUUCAGUACUGAAGAAAAAUCUUUUAGUUGUUCACAGACUGAAGAGACUCCGUCGCAAAAAAACCCUCAAAAGACUCGAAUUAGAAAACGUGUCAUCUGCUCAGAGUGUGGAAAGUGGAUAAGCAAUCAAAGAAACCUUGCCGUCCACAUGAGGGUUCACACCGGAGAGAAGCCUUUCACCUGCCCUCAGUGUGGAAACAGUUUCACUCAGCAGGGAAGCUUUGUUAGACACAUGAGAGUUCACACCGGAGAGAAGCCUUACAGCUGUGAACUGUGUGGAAAGAGCUUCUCAGCACAACUAAACCUCGACUAUCACAUGAACAGUCACACUGGUGAAAAGCCAUUUUCAUGUGAUCAGUGUGGAAAGCGCUUCAGACACAAAGCAACCAUUAAAAAUCACAAGAAGAUUCAUUCGAGACAGGAGCGUUUUAUAUGUCGUCAGUGUGGAAGGAGUUUCACAGACGCAAAUCACCUUAAGAAUCACGUAAUAACUCACACUGGAGAGAAGCCUUACAUGUGCGAUCACUGUGGAAAGGGUUUCACAAACAAAAGUACUCUUAAGGUUCACAUGAUAAUUCACACAGGAGAGAGGCCUUUCGCCUGCCUUAAGUGUGGACAGAGUUUCAAAUUGAAAGCAUCCCUUCAGACUCACAUGAGCGUUCACAGUGAAGAAAGGCCUUUCACCUGCCCAGUGUGUGGAAAGAGUUGCAAACGUAAAGGAAACCUUAAGCUUCACAUGAGGCUUCACACUGGAGAGAGACCUUAAAUGUGUAUUCAGUGUGAAAUGUGUUUUACACUUUUUUAUUUAAAUCUUCCUUUUGAUCAGGAAUGGAAGAAUGGGCAGAAUGUUUUGUAAAUCCUAUGCAUUCUUCAAGAUAUGGACAGUUUUCAGCUCUGGUAUUGGUCCAUUUAAUAUAGUAUAUUUUGUUAGGGAACAGUCUCUGGCUUCCCUUGUUUUUAAAAGGGAGCUUGUUGUUGUUAAAAUUGAACAAAAUUAAAUG